GAGAACUGUUACCAGGCAACAGUUUCGCGUCCUACUCCAGAGUUUAAGUUUUCCAUCGAGCAGGCGUCGACUGCUGCUUUCAUAAGACGCCAAACACCGGUAACUCCCUGUGGGUUAGGCAACCAGGACAACAUAACCACAACAAAAGUGCUAGAAAGAGCUCAGUCUGAACCUGAAAUAAUAUCCACAUCUGAGCAGGAGCGAGAGCAACACACAGCCAUGGAGGACAAAGAGUUGACUGAAGAGGAGGUGUUUAAGCAUCUCUCCAGUCUGGGCCGCUCAGCGACUGGACUACAUCAUGUCUACAAGUUUCUCUCUAUACCUAGGCAGAAGUUGACAAAUGUGUCCAUUUUGUGCAAUUACAUCCACCUUCAAAAACUGGAACUUCCCUACAACAGAAUCAAAGAUUUAUCCUGUGUGAGCCACAUGCCAUACCUUAUCACACUCGAUGCUUCCCACAAUGAACUCAUAGACUUCUUUGGAUUCCAGCCGCCAAAAAAUCUCAAGGAGGUGAAUCUCUCUCACAACCACAUUUCUUCAAUGAAGGAUUUGUCUGCCUAUACUUCUCUCUGCAAGCUAAUUCUAGACUAUAACUCUGUCAGUGUAAUCCAGGGGCUGGAGAAGUGUAGCAGCCUGACUCACCUUAGCAUAGCUCACAACAAGGUCUUGCGCAUCAGUGGCGUGAACAACCUGCGUCUCAAGCAGCUCUGUCUGCAGGGGAAUUUGAUCAAGACGAUUGAGAAUUUACAGACCCUCAGGGCUCUACAGAUUCUGGACUUGUCCUCUAAUAGGAUCCAAAGUCUUUCUGGUCUUCAGAACCUUCAUCUACUGGGAACUGUCAAUCUUGAAAGUAAUAUGAUUGCUGAGAUCAAGGAGGCCGCACAUGUUCGGGACCUUCUGCUUCUGAGAGAACUAAACCUUAAGAGAAACCCAAUUCAAGAACAGCCUGACUACAAACUGUCAGUGAUCUUCCUUCUUCAUCAGCUUACCAUUCUAGAUGAACAAGAUGUGACUGCUGAGGAAAAGGUUUCAGCUGUAAACAAGUAUGAUCCACCCCUUGAGAUAGUGGCAGCCAGAGAUCACAUGACCCACAUGGUGUACCAACACAUGCAGCCGCAAGUCAUCUUUGACAGCACCCUGCCUAGUUUUGAUACUCCAUACCCUAUACUGGUUCUCACAGGACCACAGGCAUGUGGGAAGAGGGAGCUUGCUCAUAAACUGUGCCAUGAAUUCAGUGACUAUUUUGCUUAUGGUAUUUGCCACACCACCAGGAGGCCCUACUUUGGCGAGGAAGAUGGCACUGACUACCACUUUGUCCAGGAAGAAGAAUUUCAUAACAUGAUUUGUAAGGGUCAAUUUGUUCAAACAAUGCAGUAUGGAGAUCAUUGGUAUGGUUUGUCCCGGGAGGCCAUAGAACGUGUGGCUAGAGAGGGGCUUGCUUGCUGUGUUCAUAUGGAACUAGAGGGUGUGUUAAGCCUGAAGAAUUCAUACUUUGAACCAAGAUACAUCUUGCUGAUUCCUACAAGUACUGAGAACUUUAUUUCAGUCAUGAACGCUAGAGGUUUCUAUACUAACAGCCAGAUAGAGAAAGCUGUAUCGCGUAUCAGCAUCUAUGUCAGAUUCCACAGAGAGCGCCCUGGAUUCUUUGACAGCAUCGUUCCCUGCGAUAAUCGUGGAGAAGCAUACAAUGCUUUGAAGCAGCUCAUAAAAGAAUACCUUGGUUUGGAAGGGCAAGGGGCUGAAGCUCAAGACAGCUCCAGUGUUAUAGAACAAAAUUCUUCCACUGGUAAAAAUUCAGAUGAGAGAGGGUCAGUUGAGAAUGUUGAAACCAGUAACACAGGCUCUUAUAACAGAAAUUACUACAACAAAGUCCAGGGCAGUCUGACUUUUCAGAAAACCUCAGCAGAACUGGCCUCUAUCUACAGAAGACAGCAGAUGGUUCAAGAAGCUCUGAUGGGGAAGAGUCCAGGUGCUUACACACAGCUGUUUAAAAGGUUUGUUCACGCAGCUCCAUCAUUACUGACCCCUCAUGCCCAGCCGUCUGCUACUGCCUUAGUGGACCGAACUGAGGACAGCAGCUCAGAGGAAUCUUCUGCCAGUUCUGGCCUGUCUAUGCAUGGCUCAGCAGGAGCACUAUCCAUGGGGAGUUCAGCUGAGGGGUUGGAUGCAGGAUCCGGGCCAAAGGUCUCCCCAUUAGGGCAAAACCUGGAAUUACUUAUAGAUCCUAUGGAGUCAGGUGUAAGCCCAGAAUCUUCACACUCGGCACCAGAACAAGUGUCCCCGACAGUUGCCUCUUCUCCAGGGCGCCCAGGCUCUGAUGCCCAUCCUGUUCUUCCCCCCAUCCCACAAGGGCGCAAAGCUACUGAAGCUGGCUCUGAGUCACAACUAACAGAGCAGUCAGAGCAGGUGGUCGAGGGAUAGCUAAAAGACAAAUAAAACAGAAAUGACUUUAAA